AUGGAAUCUGGAGGAGACGAGGAGCCCCCGCGCUCGGGGGAUCCGCUGGAGUCGGAGGAGCAGCGGAUGUCGUCGUCGUGGUCCGACCUCGAGCAGCAUUUGCCCGCCGCCCUCCGCCGUCAGACCCCCGCCGCCGCCGCGCCUGCUGGAGCCGGGGGAGUGGCGCCGGAUCGGGCGGCGGUGGCGGCGGCGAUUCGGCGACAAAAGGCCGCGCAGCGCGCCAGGGCCGCGACGGACGCGUUCUCCGCGAAGCUCGCCCCGGCCCGGUCCCUCGCCGACCAGACCUUCGCGCGCCGAGAGCAGCUCAAGGGACUCAAGGAUCAGCUCCGGAACCUCCAGUCGCAGCUCAGCGAGGCUGUCACACUUCAGUCGUCCAAGGAAUCGAAACGCAAGCGUGCCACAGAGUCGAUCUUGGAGGCCACGGCUACGAAUGAGCGGCUCCGUAGCUUGGUGGCGGAUUCCAGGGAGAAGAGGGACUUGCGUAAUGCAAUCACAUCCGAGGAACUUAAAGCUCUCGAAUCACUUGAAGCAGAGAGUAAAGAAGACACCGAGAGGGAUGAGAAUGCACGAAAAAAAGCUCUUCUCUGGUAUGAUAAGUUCCUCGGCUUCCGGGUUAUCGGUGGAGAAGGAGAUGUGAAGUUUGUUUACAAUAAGAUUGACCCACAACGUCCAGAGAAGGAAUACUCGUUUCGUGUAAGUCCGAGUUUACAGUUCAUCGAAUGUGAUCCUCACGUCAAGGAUAUUGAGGAAUUGGCGAAAGAUUUGGAUUUGAAUAAACAUCUAUUCAAGUUUGCAAGAAUGGCCAGAGAGAAAUUCCAGUCUUCUUUCAUGAAUGGGACUCUUCCUAUAAGCCCAGUUGUCUCCGUAGAGACUCUUCCUGUAAGUCCAGUCGUCGGUUCAGAUGUCUCUGCUGCGCCACUCCCAUCACCUGUGAUGUCAGUUAGCAACAGAAGUGAGGACGCUCACAAUCAAACCCAAUCCUCAAGCAAGAAAAAUGUGCAGUUACUUCCUGCUAAGAGAGAAGCCACAGCCCUGGAAAGCGGUGAGCUAGUAGCCGAAGCAGAUUCUGACCUGGAUCUUGAACCAAGUGAUUCUGAUACUGUGGUGAUUUAA